AUGCUUUGCAAAGAGGAGGAAAAUUCAGAGGGGAGCGUUUUAGAAAGAGUGUCGCAGAAAGUGGAGUACUUGGUAAAUCUGCUGAGAACAUCUUCCGAGGGAAUAGUAACUGACAAGAUUCUGAAGGAAAUACUCGCGCUGCACACGGUCCUGCAGGACAACAAAGAGUGCAUAGAGAGCCAGGAGUACCACAAGAUGCAUAUAGACGCAGAGUGCAGGAAGCGAGUAAAAGAGAGCAGAGACUACACAGACAUACGCAGCAAGAGAAAUGCAGAGGUUGUUGCAGAGGAUGCUGAAGAGGUAAAGUUCUGCCUAAUAACACAGAAGGAAAUAGAGGAGAAAGUGGAGGCUCCGUGCGGGCACGUCUUUGACAAAGAAGGCCUGGCUUUCCUCUACAAGAAUACCCCGCAGAAGAAGAAGUUCCAGUGCCCGUACGUCGGAUGCAAGAGCGACUGGCAUGCACUGAAGUAUAACCCGACAAAGACAAAGUAG